UUUACUAACCAAAAUAAUAAAAUUAGCAUGGCGACCUCCAAGUUUUCCCUUCACCUUCUCACAAUUGUCUUGGCAGCUGCCCUCAGGUCAUGCUCCUGCCAAAACGACACCGAAUUUGGCAACGCCUUCAGCCCGGAACCCGCCUUCAGUCCGGAUCCCGAAUUUGGAACCGCCUUCAGCCCGGCCGGCGUCACUUGGUACGGCGAUGCUGAUGGCCCUGGUAGCACCGGAGGAGCUUGUGGAUAUGGCGACGCUGUGGCGAAUCCACCGUUAAACGCAAUGGUUUCGGCCGGAGGCCCUUCACUAUUCAGAGCCGGAAGUGGGUGUGGAGCUUGUUAUCAGAUUGUAUGCACGGGGAAUCCGGCGUGUUCGGGAAGGCCAAUCACGGUGGUGAUAACGGACGAGUGUCCGGGCGGAAUAUGUGCUUCGGAUUCGGUCCAUUUCGACCUCAGCGGCAGAGCCAUUGGUGCCUUAGCCAAGCCUGGCCAAGCCGCUCGGCUACGUGCUGCUGGAAAUUUGCGCGUUGGAUAUAGACGUGCACCGUGUUUCUACAAGGGGACAAACGUGGCAUUCCGAAUCGACGCUGGAGCAAAUGCGUUCUACAUGGCGUUUCUGGUGGAGUACGAAAAUGGCGACGGUGACUUGGCCUCCGUGGAGAUCCAACCCGCAGGCGGCGGGUACAUGUCCAUGCAAGAGAUGAGGUCCGCCGUCUGGAAGCUCAAUUCCGGGGGAGCUCUGAGAGGCCCCUUCAACGUCCGUCUAACGUCCGGCGAGUCUCGCAAGGUCGUCGUGGCUCAGGCCGUUAUUCCGGCCAACUGGAAGGCCGGCGCUACUUACCGCUCCAUCGUGAACUUCUAGUGUGGGUUUCAAAUAUAUGAUUUCGUUCCGAAGAUAUAUGUUUUGAAUAAAGCGAUCGUUCGAGUUAUGCCGAAAUUAUUGGGAUUUCA